UCGGCCAGACUAGUGGAACUCUUCAAUUGUGGAGACCCAAAAGAGAAAUCCAAGAUGGCGCGCUCCAUGCACGAAAAUGCCGAAUGGAAAUAUAGGGGUGAAGGAAACUGCAGCCUUGUUGUCGCAGAUCCAGAGACCCACCAGGUGUACCGUUUGGUGAAAACCUAUUUCACACAAGCCAUGGAGACUCUGUACCCACUGGACUCCUCUGAGCCUUGCUGUGAUCACAUUGUGAUCGAGAUGAGGAAGAUCGUUGACUACGUUACCAACGUAAUGCAGCCACUGUUGUCGCCGAAGUUCGUCACACCGCCGGUUGUUGCGGAAAUCUCAGAAGGCUUUGCUGAGGAGGCAGAGAAGAGAAAUCAAAAUAUGAGACCUGCUAGUCGAAGAAAGAAGUCGGUUGACCUUGUUGAUGCCAGGUCAAGGUCAGCCCUGGUUAUGCCAGACUUCUGUUUUGUGUCCAAAAGAGACAGCAUUCCUGUAGAACUAGAGGAGACACAGCCUACUAUAAGCAUAGAGAUCAAGCCCAAGAAGGCUUUCAUCCCUAGUCCUGUGGCUAUUGACCGAACCUCCAUCAAGCACCAAGUCUGCAAGUUCUGCAUGCACCAGCGCUUGAAGACCAAAGCCGGAAAGUGGCCUGAAACCAGUCAUUACUGUCCCUUGGACCUCUUCUCAGGAAACCCCCAUCAGAUGAAGCAUGCGCUCCUAUCAUUAGUGAAAACGCCACAGAAUAAUCUAAAGAUAUGCAAGAAUGGUCAAGAGAUAUACGGCGCCUGUGUCAAGCAGGACCUGAGUGUAGAUCUGGAGGACUUUUUCAAGGGAAGUCAACACAAGAAACAUAGAUAUGAGUACAUGUUAUUAGAUCUCGUCAUAAAAAUCCUCCUGGCUCCUGGAGGAAGGGGAGGUAACUGCUCACACACUCACUCACCUCGACACAUUAAACCACAACGAUGUCAAAACAGCAAGUUCGAACACACCAACGGCGAUGUUUCCCUGAGUUACCUUCCUCAUGGUUGUGUAUUGGAGCGGAUCUGUUCCAUCCAGAAACUGGAUGACCUUGACAUUGAGAACAUCUACCCGCUGUAUCAUAGACUCCAGGCCCGUCUCAAGGACCACCCCACAGACAGAAUUCACUGGGGUCUAGAUGGUCCUUACACUCGUGACCUCUGGAUGAUGGGGUCAGAGGUGAAGGCCAGUGUUCCUGUGUCUAGUCUGGAGUUUGCUGUAGAGAAGGUGAAAAGAUUCCUGAUUUCAAAAACAGUUCAAGAUUGCUCCAUCAUUGUGGCACUGCAGCCUGUUAAACCAGGGGUCUCUGAGGAAAACAGCAUCAUCCACUUCAACGAUGCUUACUACCGAUACUCCAUUGAACUGGUCGACCUUGACCCCAAGCCCUUCGACAAGAUCGAGCAGUACUACCGACAGGAUAUGGACAUUGUCCAUGCUUAUCAGGAGACUAUUGGCAAGUCAAGGACCAAGUCGGUAUGACACAGAUGUUGCAAGGUCUUCCUCCAUGCUACUUUUCUGAAAGCGUCUGUGAUUGUCCUCGGAUUGGUCGGUGAGACGAAGGUGCAGGUUGGGCACCUGAGUGCACAGCACUUCACUGACUUGGGUAAUUUUGUCUUCACACUUCAAUACAAGGCAAUAUGUAACUUCACAUUGUGAAAACGGCCAUCGGACAAAUGUUUAAUUUAUUUUGAGAUACACGCAUCCAACUGAUGGGUAAUGUGAUGGGUAUAAACUGAUUGGAGAAUCACUGUAAAGCACUUCUCGUACAAGUCUUGUUAAUUUGAAAGAUUUGUUUGGGUCUUUUCAACUGGCACAGUCAGUACCUAUGUUAUUUUGUGAUUUGUUAUUUCAAGUCUGAUCUUACACUUAAUGAAGACAAAUGUUUGCUGAUUCCUGUUUAUGAGUUUCCGAACGAAUUUCUGAUUCCGAUGAGUUACCCUUUGUGUGUGGUUACCCCUGAUCUGGGGAGGGGGUUUCACUCUUCAGUGUGGAUUCUAUUAAGCAUGAGUAGGUGUUAGUACUGUGAUGGUCAGAGUGAGUUAAGAUUUAAAGUCGCAUCGGCCAAUAUUUUCGGCCAUAUAGCGAUUGACAUGUUUCUUACGAUAGUAUUUUGCUGAGAACAAGGCUGGUUUUCUUCAAUUGUAGAGAAUACGAGUCUUGGUUGUCAUGCCAACAGUGUCAGUGCCAUACCUGAAUGAAUGAAUACGGAGAUGGAAAAUGGUUUGAUCUGAGAUGUUAACAGUUUCAAUGCAAAUAUGUGUAAAACUUGGAUGUUUGUUGUAUAAACAGUCAUAAUCUUGUACGAAGAAUGAAAGAAGUGUGAGUGUGAACACGAAGAAUAUAUGUUGUUUUUCAAACACAAAAUGUUGAUAUUUGAAUUGAGUGAGUUGGAUUAUGUUUGAAUAAUAUACUGAAGGUGAUGAUAUAUAAUAGACGCAUGCAGUCAGACGGCAGGGCAGAAUUAAUUGUAUUUCAGUUACAGUUCUAUGUAUUCGUGAAGAAAGUGAAAACACCCCGACUAAAUGUGUGGAGAGGAUGGACCCUCGGGUUAACUGAUGUUGUUAUGUUAGGGAAUGACCAUUUCAUAUAGGGAGGAGGGGUGUGUGUGUGGAGAGAGUGGACCCUCGGGUUAACUGAUGUUGUUAUGUUAGGGAAUGACCAUUUCAUAUAGGGAGGAGGGGUGUGUGUGUUUGCCUGGGAUUUUAUACAAAAAAUACAUUUUUGCAGAUGUCGUACUUAAAAAAAUAUUCCGGCUUGUAGUUAUAAUUUUAAUAUAUGUGGUUUUGCAGCUGUAACUAAAAAAAAAUUUGUAAUCUCCAGAUACAAUCCCUGCCCCCUCUAAAUAUGGUCCAGGAAUGAAUAAUUUUCGUACUUUUAGGAUGUGAAUUAUCGUGAUAAGCUUCCUGUGGUUCUGUAGUUUCAUGAGUGGCAUUGAAAGAACUCGAUCGUCAACAGGCAUCCAAUCAAACUGUGAUACAGAAUCUUAAGUGUGGAGGAGUUCCCACACACUGUCAGCUGACAGUCGGUGAAGAAGUUCAUCUCUUACUUCUUGUGACCCAGCAAUCAUUUUCUAUAAUCAAAGAGUUUACCUUGUAAUCAAAGAGUUAACUUUGAGAGAAGCUCAUCUUCCCAGGCAGGGAGGUGGGGGGGUGCACGGGUGGCCCAGUAGUCUGAGGCGCCGUGAUUCGCUGUACUCUUGGUUUUCACCAAAAUGGUAAACGUCUGAGACCUGCAUCACUUUGGUCUUUCCUCCCACUUUAAGCUGACGCCGUGAUAUAACUGUAAUACUGUUCAACCCUACUCACUCACUCGCUCAUCUUCCCAGGGCAUGGGAGUUAACUGGCUGUUUCCACUGGCCCGUUUUAGUCAGUUAACUCCCUUGCCUUGAGAGGAAUUUUAUAGGCAGUUACCUCCCUUGCCUUGGGAAUAGAUACUGGCUGCGCAAUAGGUUUGAUUCAAUUAAAUCAUUCAAAUACUUACUUGUGUGAACAAGGUACUACUCAGCUUUCUUAAGGAUAGUUCAUGGUACGCUAGAUCGGUUACUUGUUGUGGAAAUAGCAUAAGAUAUGACAGUAUUCCGAUAAUUAAGUCAGUAUUUUAAUUUCAUCGAGAAACUGUAGAGACAUGAAUGAGGGUUAUUAAAUAUAUUUUUCUGUUUAAGUAGUUCUCUGAAUAUAUAUGGGUGGGGGCAAUUAUUUUCCCCCUCUUGUCAGGUCGUAUAGGUACAUUGUCUCCUCAGGUAAAGAAUGUGAGAGCAAAUCAACUUUUAGCUCACCUGACCUGAAAGGAGAUGUGAGCUUAUGUCGUCGGGAGUUGUGUCCGUAUAGUUUCUGUAUUUUCGACUUCUCCAAAAUGGCGUGAUGGCUGGCUGCCUGGUAGCCAUCUUUGAUUUAAAACAAGGACAAUGAAAAUAUCUUCUUUUCAAAAGCUUAUAAGGUCAGAGUCAUGAAAGUGGAGGGUGAGAUAGUCACCUUCUGUCGUACCAGGUUUGUUGAUCGGAAAUCAAAUAUGGCUGCCCGCGGCCAUAUUGGAAGACACAAAAAGUCAUGAAGUUGAACCUUCACAUGCCUUUUCCCACCAAUGAUGACGCCUGAUUUUGUUCAUAAGAUGUGAAUUUGAUUUUCAAUAUAUUGUUGUAGCUAUUUAUGGCCAUGAUAACUGUUAACUACAUAUCCAGGUGAGCUCCAGUGCUGUGGCACUAUUCUUUGAGUGUCAAGUAGCACCGAAGUGCUUCAUCUCUUGAAGAUUAAACUUUUCUAGGUCUUAUAAAGAUGCCUGCAGAGAAGGUCCAGUUUAUUCUGUUUUUUUAGAGUUUUUCUUUAUGUUACUAAUUCUGUGAUAAUGGCAACAUUAACCGAUCAAUAAUUCUUGCCAGCAAUUGCCAAGAUAAUAAUUAUGUUCAUUUGUGCUAAACAUUUGUACUCUUAGGGCAUUCAUUAAGACAUGCGAUUAGAACUAGUUUACUUCUGCUUUUUAACCCAAAUUGACAAUAGGAACAAUUUCUUGCACUGAAAAUGGCAGUUGGGUAGUCUGGUGGGCAAGGUGUUAGCUUACCGUGCCUCAGAUACAGGUUCUAUUCCCAACAUGAAAACAAUAUGUGAAGACAAUUCUAGUUGCCCUGGACAUGAUACAGCAAAGUGCUUCUAAAUCAACUGUGAAAACACCCACAAUAAUUCGGUGUCACUGGUGGUGUUGAUCAGACUUGGAUUGUCGACUCUAAAGUGGUUUCAGGAUACAGUUUGUAAAAGGUAGUAGUUUUAGUGGUUUUAAUGUCAUGUUAUUAUUUUUGUUUAUAGUUUGUUUUUCAUGUUGUAUUUUGUAAACCAUCUGAUAACAAACAAUACGCCACAACAGAUUUAAUAAUUUGGAGGUUUAUUUGUUAGGGGAAGAUCAAGCACCCAUGUUCUUCCUGGUCAGGUGUGUUGUAGGUUACAGGGUUUGAUGUGGCAUAUAUGCCAGCAUAUGGGUACUACACAGUGGAACUGGUGCUGGCUUCUGUUAAGGGGCAUUAUAGUGUAGAAACCUGCUCAGUGACUAUGUGAUCUUGUGUGCUUGCACUGAUGAAAGUGAGAAAUGAUUUAAGUGAUGAUUGGGAGAGGUGUUGUCUUCAAGUAGUCAGUUUGAUUAUCAAAGUCAAGGGACAUCAAAUUCACAAGAAAUUUAUAAUAAUUGACAUGCACUAAAUUGAAUAUGUAGAUUUAUGAAUGUUAAGGAAUGCAAUGCAGUGGUACACUGCAAUGGCAGUUGGUCCAAUCUGGGGAUGCACUGCAAUGGCAGUCGGUCCAGUCUAGGGAAGCACUGCAAUUGCAGUUGGUCCAGUCUGGGGAUGCACUGCAAUGGCAGUUGGUCCAGUCUGGGGAUGCACUGCAAUGGCAGUUGGUCCAGUCUGGGGAUGCACUGCAAUGGCAGUUGGUCCAGUCUGGGGAUGCACUGAAAUGGCAGUUGGUCCAGUCUGGGGAUGCACUGCAAUUGCAGUUGGUCCAGUCUGGGGAUGCACUGCAAUGGCAGUUGGUCCAGUCUGGGGAUGCACUGCAAUGACAGUUGGUCAAGCCUUGGGAUGCACUGCAAUUGCAGUUGGUCCAGUCUGGGGAUGCACUGCAAUGGCAGUUGGUCCAGUCUGGGGAUGCACUGAAAUGGCAGUUGGUCCAGUCUGGGGAUGCACUGCAAUGGCAGUUGGUCCAGUCUGGGGAUGCAUUGCAGUUGGUCCAGUCUGGGGAUGCACAGCAAUGGCAGUUGGUCCAGCCAUGGGAUGCACUGCAAUGGCAGUUGGUCCAGUCUGGGGAUGCACUGCAAUGGCAGUUGGUCCAGUCUGGGGAUGCACUGCAAUGGCAGUUGGUCCAGUCUGGGGAUGCACUGCAAUGGCAGUUGGUCCAGUCUGGGGAUGCACUGAAAUGGCAGUUGGUCCAGUCUGGGUAUGCACUGCAAUGACAGUUGGUCCAGUCUGGGGAUGCACUGAAAUGGCAGUUGGUCCAGUCUGGGGAUGCACUGAAAUGGCAGUUGGUCCAGUCUGGGGAUGCACUGCAAUGGCAGUUGGUCCAGUCUGGGGAUGCACUGCAAUGGCAGUUGGUCCAGUCUGGGGAAGCACUGCAAUGACAGUUGGUCCAGUCUUGGUAUGCACUGCAGUGGCAGUUGGUCCAGUCUUGGGAUGCACUGAAAUGGCAGUUGGUCCAGUCUGGGGAUGCACUGCAAUGACAGUUGGUCCAGUCUGGGGAUGCACUGCAAUGACAGUUGGUCCAGUCUGGGUAUGCACUGCAGUGGCAGUUGGUGCAGUCUGGAGAUGCACUGCAAUGGUAGUUGGUCCAGUCUGGGGAUGCACUGCAGUUGGUCCAGUCUGGGGAUGGACUGCGUUUUGGUUUUAGAGGGCAUAGGGAUUGAACAAUGAAAUCCAAACAGACAAAUUACACUAACUAGAAAAUAUCUACUUGAAUUUAUACUAUGUACAAUGUAUAAAUAUCAUUUGGUCGGCACCAUUCAGACGGCUCACUUGAUCAAAAGAUGUGAUAAUGGUCAGUUAUGCCUGGACGUAUGCCACUUUAUAUUUCCAAACACCAUCCAAUACAAUACGUUUAUUGAUAGGUUGUCAUUGAGCAUUACUAAAUGGCUUCCAGAUCAUAAAUAUCAUGUGACAUGAAUAUGUCACUUUCGAAUUUUGUUUAUGCACCUAAUUGUAAUGACUGCUUUGCUAAAUAGUUUACUUUGACAUAUUUAUCAACUGAAUUGCAACUGAAAAAGAUUUUAUUUCAUGUUUUGUAACAAAUCCUCAUGCCAUUGGAUGUGCUAGCAUCCAUCUAUUUCACACAGAAAGUCCUAGUCUGUGAGUGGCAUUUACAAACAGUAGUAUACAUGAAGACAGGGUGAACUUUGAUGAAGACAUGGUUGACUUUGAUGAAGACAGGGUUAACUUUGAUGAAGACAGGGUUGACUUUGAUGAAGACAGGGUUGACUUUGAUGAAGACAGGGUUCACUGAUAAAGUAGAAAUCCUGGAGUCAAUCCUGUCUUCACCGUCAAUCAACAGUCACAGUUUUUUCUCAACUUCAGAAGGUGCAGUUAGGUAGCCUAGUGGUUAAAGCGUUAGCUCGUCACACUGAAGACCCAGGCUUGAUUCCCGACAUGGGCACAAUGUGUGAAGCCCAAUCCUGGUGUCCCCCGCUGUGAUAUUGCCGGAAUAUUACUACAAGUGGCAUAAAACCCAACUUACUCACUCCCUGUGUAAGAAUCAGAGAUAGAAAACAUAGCACCCCAAACAGGAUCAUUGUCCUGACACGUUACUUGACCACUGACCAUAAGAGUCACUUACUGGUGUCACUCGUGUCACUAACCUUGAACUUCUCUUCCAACAUAACGUGUCGCUACUGGUAAGUCUUUGUAUUUAAACAAACAUGAGACAUCAGUUCUCCUUGUUAAAAUUCACACCCAUAGGUGAAGCAAUAUCUUACAAGACUACAAGAACUAUAACACUAAAUUAAAUAUAUGACUCACAUGCAAAAUCAGCAUUAGCUUGAAGCACUAGUAAAAGACCAAGAAUAGGUCCUAAGGAAUGUAUUACUUGUUGUAAAAGGCGACUAUGUUGGAUUGGUCAGGCACUGUGACUUGGUUGAUUGCGUGUUUCUUCUUCUGAACCUACCUUACAAACACACUGACAGGGAUAGGACUCAUGUCACUAACCUCGAACUUCUCGCAGUUCAUAAACAGAUAAGCAAUUAGUCCUGAUGUAAGUAAAUAUUUAGUUGUUAAUUUCAUACCCUUUCUCCCAUAUCGCCGUGGUAGAAGACUACAUUCGUUUGCUUUUCGUGUGGACUUCCCGGGAUUGAAUCCCCCUGGGGACAAACGUUUUUCAUAAAAUUGUUCUAUCAUCAAGAUAAUGCUAGGGAAAAAAAGAAUUUCCAUCAUUGCAAAGUGGUGUUUAACUAACAAUUUAUUUAGACCACGGUCAAAGACAAAGGAGCCAUGGUUUAACUACAGUUAUCGUAUGCCAAUAGCGCUGGACAUUGGUUUGUCUGUGCCAUGUUUCUGUAAAUGGUGCUGUGAUAUAGCUGGAACUUUGCUGACAAUGUUGAACAAUAUUUACUCUUUCUAAACACAUGACUUCCAGAAUUAAGGUCAUAUCGUAUCACUUCUUAGUCGUGCUGAUGUAUUAUUUUUGUCCGACAAUAAUUACAUGAUUACAUCAGUGGACUAUCUCUGUGUGGAAUGCUGUGGGGAAACGCUGUUUGAUUGGCAUAAUACAGACAUGACACAUGUCUUCAGUAAUGGUAAUACUCAAUAUAGUUUCUGUUAUAUGAUUGAUAUAUGUGUAUUAGUUGUUUUUAUGUUUAUAUGCAUGGUUGUCAUCAAAUAUUUAUUUGAAGGAUGCUUUUACCCUGUUUAAUUAAUGUCUCAUUGCUCAUGAAACAUAAUAUUAAUAUAUGCUAUACAGGUAAUAUGAUUUACACUUACCUUCUAACCGUACUCUAAAAAAAUUGAUCCGAAAUAUUUCAGAAUAUGCUGAUUGUCAAAUCAGUUACAGUAUAAUUUGUUUACCCCUUUUAGUAUUGAGCAAAGGAUAAAUAGUUAUUCAGUGUCCAUCACCUUAGAAUCGAUAUUGUUCCGUCGGUGUUUUGUUACAAAGUUUAAUACGUUUUGUUGAUGUGUGCAUUUCACUUUGAAAUUGACGCAGAUUUGUUUGUGAUCAAAUACUUUUCAUUAUGUGAUAUACUCGAUGUUGUGUUGAUUUUUACAGACAAUUCUUGCUUCUAUGAACUGAUCAAAUUCUCAAACUCAGAUAAGAAAAUGAGAGCAACAGCUCUGUUUUGCCAGGCAUGGACUACACAGCUGGGCAAAAGAAAGUAUACACUUGAAAAUUAGAUUUGACCAAAAUUACAAACAUCACUAUUAAGUAGCCAUUUCUUGUUGGUUUAAUUUUUCGUCACCAUCAAACAUACUUUCUUUUGCCUGGCAGUUUAUUACGACUGGGUCCAAAGUCUCGGUAGGUUUAAAGUGUGAUCAGUUUUAUGGGAGUUAAAACUUUGAAAUAUAUUAGAAAACUGUGAAUAUAUAUUAGAAAAAUAGUGAUAUUUUAGGUUGCUUCAUUGAAGUGGUUAUGAAAGCUCUAAAAUGUUUGUAUUAAACAUAACUUUUUUAGGCAGGUCAUGUGAACAUAAAAAUCUAAAGUUGUACUUUCACUUUUCUGACAUUUCCGCUAUAUGACCAUCUUUUCGAGGGAAGCGUGUCCACUUGUCUAUAUCAAAGCCUAGUUUCUACCCUUGCCACAUCAAGGCCACGGUUCCUGGCUUGACCGUGGUGCCACCUCGCAUAGAUCAAUAGAUGUGCCCCGUGUGAUGAAAACGCGAUAUCCAAUCAGAUCGCUGUUCUUAUCUCAAACAGCUUCACAAAGAUGGCGACUACCAUAGGCGACGACCAAGAACAAAAACAUUCGGGAUUUGAUCCCUGACACAAAAACAUAGGCAAUCGUUAGGGGGUUUUAAAGAUGAAAAAGACA